CAAGAAACAGUUACAGAGCGGAGAGAGUGAGGAGGCUGCGUCUGGCUCCCGCUCUCACAGCCAUUGCAGUACAUUGAGCUCCAUAGAGACAGCGCUGGGGCAAGUGAGAGCCGGACGGACACUGGGCGACUCUGUGCCUCGCGGAAGAAAAAUAAUUAAGCAUGGGCAAAGGAGAUCCUAAGAAGCCGAGAGGCAAAAUGUCAUCAUAUGCAUUCUUUGUGCAAACUUGCCGGGAGGAGCACAAGAAGAAGCAUCCAGAUGCUUCCGUCAACUUCUCAGAGUUUUCUAAGAAGUGCUCAGAGAGGUGGAAGACCAUGUCUGCUAAAGAGAAAGGAAAGUUUGAAGACAUGGCAAAGGUGGACAAGGCCCGUUAUGAAAGAGAAAUGAAAACUUAUAUCCCUCCUAAAGGGGAAACAAAAAAGAAGUUCAAGGAUCCCAAUGCACCCAAGAGGCCUCCUUCGGCCUUUUUCUUGUUUUGUUCUGAGUAUCGUCCAAAAAUCAAAGGAGAACAUCCUGGCCUAUCCAUUGGUGAUGUUGCAAAGAAACUGGGAGAGAUAAUAACAGUGGAGCAGUGGAAUAACACUGCUGCAGAUGACAAGCAGCCUUAUGAGAAGAAGGCUGCUAAGCUGAAGGAAAAGUACGAAAAGGAUAUUGCUGCAUACCGAGCUAAAGGGAAGCCUGAUGCAGCAAAAAAGGGAGUCGUCAAGGCUGAAAAAAGCAAGAAAAAGAAGGAAGAGGAGGAAGAUGAAGAGGAUGAAGAGGAAGAAGAUGAUGAUGAUGAAUAAGUUGGUUCUAGUGCAGUUUUUUUUUUUCUUGUCUAUAAAGCAUUUAACCCCCCUGUACACAACUCACUCCUUUUAAAGAAAAAAAUUGAAAUGUAAGGCUGUGUAAGAUUUGUUUUUAAACUGUACAGUGUCUUUUUUUGUAUAGUUAACACACUACCAAAUGUGUCUUUAGAUAGCCCUGUCCUGGUGGUAUUUUCAAUAGCCACUAACCUUGCCUGGUACAGUAUGGGGGUUGUAAAUUGGCAUGGAAAUUUAAAGCAGGUUCUUGUUGGUGCACAGCACAAAUUAGUUAUAUAUGGGGAUGGUAGUUUUUUCAUCUUCAGUUGUCUCUGAUGCAGCUUAUAUGAAAUAAUUGUUGUUCUGUUAACUGAAUACCACUCUGUAAUUGCAAAAAAAAGAAAAAAAGUUGCAGCUGUUUUGUUGACAUUCUGAAUGCUUCUAAGUA